ACAUACGUUCACAUACGUCCUACGUGUCGGUCAGCAGCUCGAUAAUCCCCCCCCCCCCCCCCCAAACAGCCCGCGACUCUCUAUCCCGAUCAGAUCGAAGUAUUUAGUAUAGUGCAGUACAUAGCGCGUAUACAGUGCUACAGUCUCGUCGCAGUGUCGCGCAGCACAGAUGAUCCAGUGGCUGCGCGAGUCCCAUCGUCGUCGCAGUAGAUACACACACUCCUCGACAAGCUCGUCUCUCGUUGCAAAAAGGGACCACCUCGUCGUGGACCCGACCAGCGUAUCCCGUAGUUCGUAAGCCUAUCCACCCACAUACGCACACGGAGCAAGGAUGGAGGAGGGUCAGCACGAAGCCCAGCACGCGGAGGCUCCGAAAUCCUGGAGAGAGACGUCCGACGAGAAGACGUCGAGCAAGCAAUGGACACCAAUCGAGGUAUUGCGACACAGGCUCUACGACAAGGUCCAGGUCAAGCCACCCGCCCGGGACAUGAAGCUCAAGAUGGCAAUGCACCGGGACCUGCUGCGACACUUCUCCAGGAAUAAGGACCGCGACGCCAAGGAUCACAUCAAGGACAGAUUCAAUUUUGUACAGAAACCAAGAGGAAAAGUGAUCUGUGCUAAGAAAAAUGUAUCAAACGCAGGGUUGAUUUUCAAGCGAGAAUACGAGAAUCACAUAAUGGACGCAAAAAUAUCGGAUUUGGUGACGAAAAUUGAUUCGCCAAAGUUCAAAGUGGCAGAAGACCCAAAAAUAGACUUUAACAUUGCCCGUGCUGUGUCAACGAUGAGCUGCUACGACAAUGUCCAUCGAGAGCCACCAGUGGAAAUGGGUGAUGGAACAGUGCUAGAUAGCAGGCCUGAUGUGACGAAAAAGUUGGAAAAUGUCAGUAUUCACGAUCCCUACCAUAUAAACGACGCGGUCCCUCAAAAAACUUUAUGCAUGAGUCUCAUUGAUCAGACAGUGUCAUUGGAUAUUAGUGCAAACGCGCAGAACCAACCUGGUUCUCAAUUGCCGGUUGUUCAUAGCGGUUUAGUUGACUUUUCUAGAGGAUUUAGAGAGUACUGUACGAACACGAUAAACCCGCAGCUGAACGAAGCUCUUGAAAAAUUUAUCGCCGAACUGUCGAGGCUCCAGCGAAACCUGUACAAUCGUGACAACGCCAAGGGCCGCUACAGAAGACGAUUUUACGCCGGUUUUCGAGAAAUCGAGAAACGCCUCAAGCUCAACAAAGUCAAGCUCGCCCUCGUCGCGCCUAACUUAGAUAAAAGCAAAGACGACGAUGGUGAACUAGAUAAGAUGGUGCAUCGAUUUAUCGACUCCUGUAGGAGGCACGAGGUGCCCGUUGUGUUCGGCCUCUCUCGGCGUAAGCUAGGAUAUUUAACGCACGGCAAGGGCUUUGUCAGCUGCAUCGGAGUCGCGAAUUACGAGGCUCUCGAAGACAAAUUAGAGGAGGCGCUUAAAAAUGUCGUCGAGGCUAGGAACGAAUUCAGGAUUUUGAGCGGCCAAGCGGAUAAGACGAUCGACAUGACGGAAUUGUUAACAGAUGAUCUUUUGCUCUCUGAGCGCGUUAAGCUGCUCUUGAAGACCUUAGCGUCUCAUUAGUAUUUAUUGGAAGUGAGCUACUAGAUGAUAAGCAUAGAUUUUUAUAUUUCAUUUUUUUUUUUGACUUUGUAAAGCCAGAAUCUACCUCUAGAUAUUUUAAUGGAUCAACGUUUGGAAUCGUUUUUUAAUUGCAGAUGGCCAGUAAACUAUUCAGGGCUUAAUUUUAAAUUUAAAUGUAAAUAGUCAUGCGCGAGCAGUAGCGUAGUUUUAAAUGAGUCAUGCAAAAUGAAUUUCAAAUAGCACACGAUUUUAUAUUUUUAUGAAAAUGUAUAGCCUGUUAAAUAAAUCGUUGACAUAAAUUUAAAACUUUUUCAAAACUA